AUGGGCAGUGAAGAGCAGUUGAGGUCAUUGAUCUCCGAACUGAAGAUCAUGAUUCAUCUCGGUCGCCAUAACAACCUUCUCAGCGUCAUCGGAGCCGUUACCAAAAACCUCAAAUAUGGCUCCCUCUACAUCAUCACCGAGUACUGCCAGCACGGCAACCUCAAAAACUUCCUCCAGAAGAUUAGAUUGAUGUUGCUAAUUCAGAAAGCCGAAGAGAAAAAACAUUUGUCUAAAUCGAACGCGAGACAUCAUCCUAAUCUGAAAAACUAUCAUAAACGUAAACCCAACUACGAAAACGAUCAUGGUGACGAUGACAACAACAACGAUGAUGAUAAUGAUAACGUUAACAACAACAAUGAUGAUGAUGAUGAUGAUGAUGACGAUCAGUUGUUAUUGGUGGAUUUGUACAACAUGGCCUAUCAAAUUGCUAAAGGCCUUGAUUAUUUAAGCUCAAAAAAGUACAUACACAGAGAUAUCGCGGCCAGAAACGUUUUGGUUACUGAAAGCAGGACGAUGAAGCUGUGUGACUUUGGACUGGCCAAAGAUUGCUACAAGACCGAAGAGUAUAAGAAAAAAUCAACGACGCCAGUGCCAAUAAAAUGGAUGGCGUUGGAGUCAUUAUCUAAAAAUAUUUACACCCUGCAGAGUGACGUCUGGUCGUUCGGCGUCUUGCUAUGGGAGAUAUUUACAUUAGGUAGUUCGAAUCCAUACAGCGGCCUAGUUAUGGAUAAAACAUUCUUGGAUCGCUUGCAAGAAGGAUAUAGACUUGAGAAACCUUCGCUAGCUGAUAAAGAAAUUUACAACUUGAUGAUAUGUUGCUGGCGUAAUGAACCUAAUGAAAGACCAAACUCGACGCAGCUCGUUACUACGAUUAGUUCCAUUCUUAUGAAGAAAUAUCAGACGGUUGGUUGGCUGGCCGGUUGA